AUGUCAAUAGACUUAGACCAAAUUUUACAGUAUCUUUCUCUAUUUAUGUUUUUCAUUUCGUUAACCUAUUUAUAUGUUCGCUGUCACUUAACGGAGCCAAUGUUUUCUUCCUUUUUUCCAAAUCCUUUCUUUCUUUCUUUUCCCAUUUUCUCUACGUUCGUCUUUUCUUGCUUUAAUACUUUUUUUUUCAGUUCCUUUCUUUCUUCAUUUCUCAGCUUUCUUUCUUUCUCUUCUUUCUUCCGCCAUUUUUCUUUCUUUCAAUCUUGUUUAUAUGUCUCUUUCCUUUUUCCUCUGUCAUUUCAUAAUCCAAUACGUUCACUGAUUUCUAUAGGCAAAUGUAUUUUUCCUUUCUCGUCUUUUAUCGUUCUUUUCCAUUUUCAUUCCAUCUGUUUUCUUUCUUUUUUUCUUUUCCUAGUGUCUUUCAUUCUCAAAUUUCUUUCUUUUGCCUCUUUCUUUCAUUUGUUUCGUAUUUUUCUCUUGUUCUUUUUUUUUUCUUUUUUACCUUGUUCAUAUAUGUCUCAUUCUUUUCUCAUUUAUUAUCUGAAGACUAUCAAUAAUUUAUUUAUUUCUCAGCGGUCUUUCUUUUCUUUCAUUCUAUAUAUAUUUAAUUAUUUCUCAACUGUCUUUCUUCCUCUUUAUUUAUCUUUCAUCGGUCUUUAUUUAUUUAUUUAUUUAUCUAUUUAUUUAUUUCUCAACUACCUUUCUUUCUUUUCCUCCUUUGUUUCUUUAUUUCUUUCUUUCUUUCUUUCUUUAUUUCUUUCUUUGUUCACUUUCUUUCUCUUCUUUCUAAAUUCAUUUUUUCUUUCUACCGUCUUUUCUUUCUUUCAACGUUUCUUUCCUUCAUUUCCCACUUUCUUUCUUUCUUUCUUUCUUUCUUUCUUUCUUCAUUUUCACGACAUUCUUUCUCCGUUUUUUUCUUUCUUAGCCUCAUGUUGGUAUUUCUUCUCUCUCUCUCUCUCUCUCUUUCCCUGUUUAACAAUCGAUCGUUCCCCCCCCCUUGCACUCAUCCACUCCCUAUCUUCCUUUCUUUAUUUCUUUCUUUAUUUAUUUUUUCACUUUCUUUCUCUCCUUUUUCUUUCUUUCAACGUUUCUUUCCUUCAUUUCCCACUUUCUUUCUUUCUUCAUUUUCACGACAUUCUUUCUCCGCUUUUUUUCUUUCUUAGCCUCCUGUUGGUAUUUCUUUCUCUCUCUCUCUCUCUCUCUCUCUCUCUCUCUUUCCCAAUUUAA